UUGUGAAGGCCUUUGCCGGAAAUGCUUAGUGUUUCCUCACUGUCGUUUCUUCCUGUUUGUGUUUCGUGCGAUAUCGUCCCACAUUGCUGUGAAAGUUUUCUGUGUUCUCUGUAGAAAGGUGACGAGACACACGGGAACUGUUGCUGGAAAAAUGUGACCGUUUUUGUUGAAAGGAUGAGCGAUUGUCGCGCGGACACCGUCGGUGGGGAUAACUGGCGGAGACGUACAAGGAGUGCGCGAGCGUGCUGCAGACAAACCACCGAAGCGGGAGUUGACGAGUCCAGCGUGCUUCGGUGUCUGAACGUGGGAAACACGGAAGAGGACCAUGACAUGGAGGAGGACACCAGCCUCUUCAAGCAGGACGGUCUGGAGCAGAAGGUCAUGGCGCCCCGCUAUAGUCUGCUGCGGGAGGUGGGAAGGGGAACGUACGGCGUGGUGUACGAAGCUCUGGCCCGGAGAUCGGGUGCUAAAGUUGCUGUAAAGAAACUGCGGUGCGACGCGCCGGAAAACGUGGAGCUCGCCCUGCAGGAGUUCUGGGCGCUAGCAAGUCUAGAAAAAAGGCAUCAAAAUGUUGUUCAUCUAGAGGAGUGCGUGCUGCAGAGGAACGGUAUGGCACAGAAAAUGAGUCAUGGAAACAAACUGUCCAAGCAGUACCUGCGCCUGGUGGAGACAUCAUUAAAAGGUGAGAGAGUGCUUGGCCCCCCAGAGGAACCUUGUUACCUGUGGUUCGUCAUGGAGUUCUGCGAAGGAGGAGACCUCAACCAGUUCAUCUUAUCUCGGCGACCCAACCCACGAACAAACAGCAGCUUCAUGCUCCAACUAACAAGUGCUGUUGCUUUCCUGCACGAAAACAAUAUUGUUCAUCGAGAUCUCAAACCUGACAACAUCCUAAUUUCAGAGAAAUCAGGGACUCCAGUUCUGAAGGUAGCAGACUUUGGCUUGAGUAAAGUUUGCGCUGGUUUAGGAAACACCAGUGAGGGAAAAGACUGUGAAGACAAGAACAAAAACGUCAACCUCAACAAGUUUUGGUUGUCGUCUGCUUGUGGCUCAGACUUCUAUAUGGCUCCUGAGGUGUGGGAGGGCCACUACACAGCCAAGGCUGACAUAUUUGCCCUGGGCAUCAUCAUCUGGGCCAUGCUGGAGAGAAUUACUUUUAUUGAUUCUGAGUCUAAGAGGGAGCUAUUGGGUACCUAUGUGCGACAGGGAGGUGACAUUAUGCCUGUUGGUGAGGCACUUCUCGAGAAUCCAAAGAUGGUACUGAGCAUCCCACAGAAACGCAGGUCAUGUAUGUCAGAUGGAGUGAAAAAGCUGCUUCAGGACAUGCUCGCUGUCAACCCUCAGGACCGACCAGAUGCUUUUGAGCUGCAAGCCAGAAUGGACCAAGUUAUGUGUACUACAUGACCCUCAGCCAUACUGUUCUACAGAUGUGUGUUGCUGUCCAAAGCUGGUGCGUCUGCCUUCAUUCAACCUGAAGACUGUGAAGAUAAAGAAGUAAAGAGCAGUUUCUCCUGUAAUGUAGAUGGGAUCAUAAUUCUUUUGCUUGUUAGAUUAAAUUCAUUUGCCAGUGCUACUGAUAAAUGAUUUGUUUCAUCUUCACGAUGGGAAUAGAUGGAACGGAUAAAAGAGAUGCAGCAACAUUUUUCAUUUCACACUUGACUUGAAAUGGCGACACUUUGGUCGCCAGCCUGGAACUCUGAUGAUAUUUAAUGAAAACACUGUGAUGUAAGAUAAAAACUGCUGCUGGAAAAUUUUCACUUGAUGCGGUGGAGCGUGUGUGUGAAUUUUUUCGUUUUGUUUU